CUGCGCGCAGCCGUUCCCGCGGCGGCCGGCGGGCGGGCGCGCCCCGCGACAUGUAGCCAUGGACUGCAGGACCAAGGAAAAUCCAGAAAGAACCUUUGACUUGGUAUUGAAGGUGAAAUGUCAUGCCUCCGAAAAUGAAGAUCCGGAGGUGCUGUGGAAGUUCCCAGAGGACUUUGCAGACCAGGAAGUACUACAGACUGUGCCAAAGUUCUGCUUCCCCUUUGACGUUGAAAGGGCGUCUCGGAAUCAGGUUGGGCAGCACUUUGCCUUUGUGCUGACGGACAUUGAGAGCAAACAGAGGUUUGGGUUCUGCCGACUCACCGCAGGAGGCAAGAUCUGCUUGUGCAUCCUGAGUUACCUGCCAUGGUUUGAAGUAUAUUACAAGCUUCUAAAUACUCUGGCAGAUUACUUGACUAAGGAACUGGAAGAUGAUUUGAAUGAAACUCUGAGAUCUCUCUAUAACCAUCCAGUACCGAAGGCAAACACCCCUGUCAACUUGAGUGUGAACCAAGAGAUAUUUUUUGCCAGUGAGCAAGUUCUGAAAGAGCAGCCCUCCUUAGCACGGCAUUCCUGCUUCAUUGCCCCUGAUGUAACUGGACUGCCAACCAUCCCUGAGAAUAGGAACCUCACGGAGUACUUCGUGGCCGUGGACGUGAACAACAUGCUGCAGCUCUUCGCCAGCAUGUUGCACGAGAGGCGCAUCAUCGUCACGUCCGGGAAGCUCAGCACCUUAACCGCCUGUCUGCACGGCUCGGUCGCCCUUCUGUACCCGAUGUACUGGCAGCACAUAUACAUCCCCGUGCUCCCCCCGCACCUGCUGGACUACUGCUGUGCCCCCAUGCCGUACCUGAUUGGAAUACACUCCAGCCUCCUAGAGAGAGUGAAAAAUAAAUCAUUGGAGGAUGUGGUUAUGUUAAAUGUUGACACAAACACUUUAGAAUCACCGUUUAAUGACUUGAGCAGCCUCCCAAGCGACGUGGUCUCGGCCCUGAAAAACAAACUGAAGAAGCAGUCCACAGCUACAGGGGAUGGAGUGGCCAGGGCCUUCCUCAGGGCGCAGGCGGCUUUGUUUGGAUCCUACAGAGAUGCUCUGAGAUACAAACCUGGUGAGCCCAUCACGUUCUGCGAGGAAAGUUUCGUAAAGCACCGUUCAAGUGUCAUGAAACAGUUCUUGGAAACCGCAGUCAACCUCCAGCUUUUUAAGCAGUUUAUCGAUGGUCGACUGGCAAAACUAAAUGCAGGAAAGGGUUUCUCUGAUGCAUUUGAAGAAGAGAUCACUUCCGGCGGCUUUUGUGGAGGGAACUCAAAGUCAUAUCAGCAAUGGGUGCAUACAGUCAAGAAAGGAGGCGCACUGUUCAACACGGCAAUGACCAAAGCAAGCCCUGCUGUGCGAACGGCGUAUAAGUUUGCCAAGAAUCACGCAAAGCAGGGGAUAAAGGAGGUGAAGAGCAAGCUCAGACACAAGGAAAAUGAGGAUGACUUUGGGACUUGUUCCGGUUUGGUGCAAUACACGCCCAUUUACACGUUACAUGGCGAGAGGGGAGGAAACCUAGCCAGACGGAAGAUUUCCCAGCCACGGCUCAGGCCUUUGAAGAGCCUGGACGGAGCCCUAGAUGCUGACGACGAGGAGGACGCCGAGAGAGCCAGCAAGUUGUCCUCUGAAGAUGGAGAAGAAGCUUCUGCUUACUUCUAUGAAAGUGACGACUCACUUGAAACAAGAGCAAAGGCUCCUUCGCCGGGGGAGAUGGACCUGCUGGGCGAGAUCCUGGACACGCUGAGCACACACAGCUCGGACCAGGGGAAGCUGGCAGCGGCCAGGAGCCUGGACUUCUUCAGGUCGAUGGACGAGAUAGAUUACAAGCCCACGAACAAAUCCAACGCGCCCAGCGAGAGCGACCUGGCCCUGCUGUGCAGCGGCUCCGGGGACCAGGCCGGGUGGCACCGGGGCCAGGACGACAGCGCCCUGCUCGGCCGGCAGCUGCCUCCGUCGCCCAGGAAGCGGCUGUCCUCCGGCGCGGGCACUGACCCUCUGUUCAUCCUGGAGGAGGAGGCAGCCGAGCGACCCCUUGGCGUUGGCGCGGAGAGCCGGGCCCCGGCGCAGGGGCAGCCGGGCCCCCCUCCAGGCGCCGGAGCGCCCCCUACAGAGAGGAACGAAAAGCUAAGCCCGACUGCGGGCGACGGGGCGGAGGCCGGCCUGGGGCGGCGCCUGUCCACGUGCGUUCCCUGGGAGAAGGAAGGGCAAGGAGCCCCAGAGACCGCAGCGGGGUCUGGGCUGCUUCAGGAGGUGGUGUCCUUGUGUCACAUCACGUCCUCUUUCCAACAAGACCUGCACAUCUCAGGAGGGCGGGCAAGCGGGAACCAGGCUUAAGUCAGCGAACGAAGCUCCCGUCGCGGGCACCCAGCCUUCCACGGAGACGUCCAGGAGCCCACCGCCCCGCGUCGCAAGCAAGGGCUGGUCGGAAAGGCGGCUCUUCUGCUGUAUGAAGUUUUCAUUUGGGACACUUCCCCGUCCGCGCGUUUGUCUCGUGGUAUGUCGAUGACCCAUUGAUUUUUAAACGUAAAGCUAAUUCUCCUACUGUGCUUUUCAGUCAGGUAUGAGUUUGUAUGUAUGUUGAAAGUAUAUAUUGAGCAUCCGAUUUCCCAGUGUUUGGUGCUUAACGCCACCUAUUUAAAUUAAGUAUGCUUCUAACCCUUGCACAUAACCAGUAGUAGCUACUGUACUAACCUGGUUGAGCAUGACCUGGCCAAGAUAUCAAAACCUAUCAGACCUAACCUGAAACUGUUGACCCACUAAUUGCCUUAAUCCUAAGCCUAUAUUAAGCAUACUUACCUAAUUUAUGGGAUUCCAUGUAAAUUCUGAAAGAUAAGUUAUGUGUUCUGCAGAGCAAUAAUGCCUUUUUCGAUCAUCAAGGACAGAAUUCAUAUUUUCAGACUUAAAAAGCUCUCUUGUCGACAUUGCAGCCAUUUUUUCCAAAAAGUAUAAAGGUACACACACACAUAGCUGUCACUCAGCGAAAUACAUGAAGUGCUGAAUUACAAUGUGAAAGUAAUGACUGCUAUUUACAAACGACACUUUAAAUUUCUUCACAGCCUCUUUUUGCCUUGCUAACUAGGAGUCACCCCAGAAAGCCAGAUGAAACAAGGUGUCCUAGUAGAAAAAUGUUCCUGUCUGUUUUUCCCCUAACUAAUAAUCCCCUAAUCAGAAUGCUUCACGACAUCGCAGACUUACCGCUAAAAUCGCUGACUUUAUAUUUUGCAAGUCGUAGGUCUGCAGGCCCCGUGCGGAGCAAGGGCAGCGUGUGUCCACGCGGCACGGCCGCGGUGUUCAGGCCCUGUACCCCUGCGGUGCGCCUGCACAGUUCAUGAGCCAUGCCUCACGCAGGCCCUUGGUUCUCCCCUAAGACCCUGUUUCCGUCCCGGGAUCCCGCCCCGGGCCCGCCUUGCCCAUGGCUGUCAUACCUCCUCGGGCUCCUCUUGGGAUGUGCCCGUCUCCAGACCCUGCCGGUCUCUGACGGCCUGGGCGGUCGCGAGGAGCACAGGUCAGGUCCGCUGUCGGAUGCGCCGCUGCUGGGCCCGUCCAGCGUUCUCCUCGUGGUCGCGGUGGGGCGGUGGGUCCCGGGGAGGGGCUCCCAGCACAAAAGCGCCGUCUCCUCGCCCCCGCCUGCCCCCGGGGCGGCCUCCUCCCGGGAAAGCCGCGCCUUCCCUCCGGGCCUCCUGCCGGCGGGGAGGAGACGCCAGCACGGCUCCCUGAGGCCGAGGCCGGGGCCGGUGCUUCCGGUCUGACGCGCGGUAUCCACACACACUGCUUGCAGUUCUUCUGCAUGGGACUUGGGCUCUCCUCCUCAAAUUCACUGUCACACUCGGAAGUUCUGAGAAGGAGUCGCGCAGUGAUUGCGUCAUGAUUGGCUAGACUGACAGGAAAUCAGGAGUGAACAACAGUGAUGCUGUGCUUCCUCGAUUGUUCGCUUGUUCAGUACAUGUACUCCAUGCAUCCCCAAUCUUGACUAUUUUCUUAAUUUAUUUUAGGAAAGGUUUGACAAGGCAGUCAAGAACUCCCAUCAAAACUGUGCUCUAAAAUAUUUACUGAAAUAAUUUUCAGUUAAGAUCCUGAAGAGGUUUUGUUAAAAGCACUGCUUAAAAUAUGUAUUCAGAUCAGUCUUUAACUAAUUUGAAGAAAAUAACCAAGGUUUUCUUUUUUAAGGUAGAUUCCAAAAUCUAAAUGGAUAUAUUUUGGGAGGACAGUUAUUCAUGUUUAUGAAGGAAGGCAGAUCUUGUUUUCCUUAUAAGGAUGAACUCUGUAAGUACUAAGGGUGAAAGUCUGUAAUCCUUUUUUUUUUUUUUUUUUUCUGUAAUCCUUUUUUUAAAACCAAAGUAAGAUUCAAGGUUCUUGUUAAAUUUUGCCUUUAUAUACUCAUUUCAAAAUUCCAUUUUAUAUUUAAGUAUAUAAAAAAGAAGUCCAUUUAUCAGAAGAGCUAUUUUAAAUGAGGAGGAAAAACUGUCACUCUGGUUGUCAAUCUGCUAGGCAGAUAUUCUUCAUAAUUUUUGAAAAGAAUGUAAAGUAGCCCUUGACUACAAAUAUUGGAAUGAGGCAUUUUUUUUCCUUUAUAAUUCUCCAUCUGGAGCAUGGGAUCAUUGUGAGUGUAGCCUUGACAGAAUCUGGGUUUUAGUCCAUUCGCUCAGUAAGCCUCAGAGCCUCAGAAAUGUGAGUUCUUCUCUUAGUCACCUCCCCAGAUGUCUGGCCAUGCUGUAUGGUGAGGACAGUCACCCCCUGACAAACCACAUUCGUGUUGAGGUAUUUUUAAGCUGCACUUGUGCCUUAUUUUAACAUACAAAAUCAGCUCUGAUAGUCCACAUUAAAAACAAAAACUCAGCAAGUAUUUAUAUUUUAAACCAUUAACAUUUUGAGUAUUCAGAGUCUGCUCUGAGACUAGACUUCCCUGUAUUACGGUGGCUGUAGGGAGAAUGAAGGGACAUUAAGGUGAGUUCUGAAAGAAAAGUUCUCUCUGUCCUUACUAUGUUCAUAUUUUCUAUUAUAACUAGACAGUAUUUUCUAUUAUGUGUAAACUCCCCUGCUGUUUGAAUUUUUCUCCCCGGACGGAGCAAUACCUGUCCUACACGGGACUGUAUAAACGAGUCCGACCGUUGGUUCUGGGGCCUGUCUUUACACAGCCUCUAGGCAGUCACCAUGCUCCCCAAACCCACUCUUAUCUUUCACCCCAGAGGUAUUGCAUCCAUGGCAUUUCAGAGGAUAGCAGAGUCCCAUGUGCAUUGAGGAACUCUUGGUUCAUUAAGUGUCGUUAAGUGGUAUAUUUUAAUGGCUACCUACUUUAGCCUAUUUUAGAAAGGCACCAAAAUAUAGCAUGACUGUUUCUCUGAUUUAAUCAACUCUUGGUACUAUUCAUAGGCAAGGUACAGUAACUGUGGACGUAGGGAAAUAGAAGAAUUGGCCUAGUCCCUGCUGUGCAGGAGCUAAUGAAAAGGAAAAGGAAUUGCAAGUCUGUUAAUAACAACAAUGAUGAUAAUAUAUUUUGCUUAGGAAUUAUUCAGCCAAGAUUCUAUCACCAAAAAAAAAAAAAAGCCUUUUAAAGCUGCUCAAACUAAAACCUGCUCUAAGGACAGAGCCACUGUACCAUCUUUCUCCCCUGUCAUACGGCGUGCAAGAACGCUGCUGUCUCGGAGACCUGCCCCUAAAGGACAGAUUCGGAGGCUCUGAGAAGCCAUGUGUUCUCGUCCAGCUGGCUGGCCGGCACCCUCUGCUCCCCUGGACCCAGGCAGCAAGGCUCGGUGCUGAACGCGGCCCCUCAGGACCACCCGGGACCUGUCUCUCCACUCCGCUCAGGAUGAACUGAGCAUGUGGACACCUGUUGACGGCAGGGAGUUUUUGCUGUCUUUACCCUGAUAACAGCAUUCUCUGCAAACACUUCCCCCGCACCCCACACACUUGAAAGCUGUCUGCGACAGUCUGCUGUGCAGUCUGUACUUGUAUCCUAACAAACAAGACCCAGGAAUGCUAAUGAAUUCAUCGCUUCUGAAAUAAGGUGAAGAGGAAAAAAAACUGUGACUGUUCUCGUAAUUAGUAGAUCUUCCUUCUUCUUUUUCUAGACUAUCUGGAUUUUCAGGAAAAGGUUAUUUUCAUGAAAAAAUUUUCUAAUGUGAAUUCCAUUUUGUUUCACAUACAGGAUCCUGAUUCUGGGUGGAUAGCUGUAGAUCAGAACAUAAAUGAAAGGAUGUAAAAUGAACCCCAAACCUAAUUCCCCGAAAGCACUUCUUCAUAUAGGAGAUAGUUUCUUACAAACUGUCAGCAUUUCCUCUGUCUAGCCCAGGAAUUUGUUCGUGUCUGUUUCUUAAAUCUUGUUUAAGAGGCAGAGUUCUUUUGAGCAAAUCAGUCAAUGUUUCGAUUUGGUCAAGAUAGGGAAUUAUGUGUAUUUAGAAAGCAUAUUUUAUCUUGAAAAUAAUAUAGGAUUUUGUGCAAUAUUUUUUUUCUUGCAUAAUUUAGUUCCUAUAAAUACGCACAUCUGCUUUUUAAGCAGAUGCCUUAAGGUCAUGUUUUUCAGUAUUUGUGUAAAAUUGUAUGUAGCAAUGUUCCAUGUGAUUUUGGGGGAAAAAAACUUUUUACUGUUGGCAGGAGAAAUGUUUUUGUUUAUUUAAAAUAAUUAUGAAUAUUGCAUUAUUGCAUCAUAACUAACUGCCUCAGCAACAAUGAAUAUGCAAUAAGAGAAUCCUGAACCUUAGAUUAGUAUUGACAGUACUGUUACUUUGAAAGAAAUGUAUAUAGUGCAAAAUGCUGAUUCUUCAUUUGUACGUUUCACAAAUGCUCAGUUCUGUAUCACGUAAAUUGAGAUGGCAUUUGUAUGGUGAUGACCGAACCAUUAUGUUGACUGUAAUAUCCUUUGUGAUGCAUCUCUGGUAAGAUUUAUAAAGGGCAUUGCCGAUACUUUUUGACUGUCUGUAAAUUAAGUUAAUUUUUGUAUAAUGUACAGUUUGUUUAACCUUAGAGCUUCUAUAGAUUUCUACUUUUUAUUAUACUUGAAUGAGGCAGAAAAGCACUGUGGAAAAUCUGUAGCUCUGGAUGCGACAUGCAAACAUACCAAAAAAAAAAAAAAAAACAAAACAGAACAAGGUACUGAACAGCAAACUUAACCAGACGCUUUCUAUCCAGAAAGCUAUAUUUUUUCAAACCAGACUUAAAUGAAGUAAUUUAAACUAUAGCAGUCUUUUAUCAUAAAGGAUGCUAAGUCACAAAUGAUUACCUCUUUGAUAUGAUACACCUCUGAGCCUCUUCGUCUCUGUGUUACUCCAUAUCUCAGAAGAGAGCCCUGUUGAGGUACGUUGACACCUCUGCCCUUUGGUAUAUUACAUAACUUCCAGGACAAAAUUUGACUCUGUGCAUCCUGGAUGCAUCGUGUGUAUCGAGUCACCAUCCUUCAGAUGGUCUAGUUUCCAUGCGGUUACUCUGAGAACCACCAAAUAAUCAUAUACCAAAAAUGAGAUUUCUUGAAUCUGUUUCAAUUUAGUACUUAGAGCAAACAAGUGUGAACUGCAUGACAUCUACAGUUUAAAAUGCAUAAAGCUUUUUACACAAAAAGUACAUAUGAGGUUAAAAAUGGAACUUUUCCAAAGCUUAUUUCUCUUGCUUUAAACGAAUAACUGUCCGGAAGGACUGACUCGCUUGGGCCUUGUGCUGGACAUGACGUACCUGCACACACCUGCCAUCACCGAGGUGUGUGCCGUCGUCCUCGCAUCCUUGAGGCUACAGGAUAAAUCAUCUCUGACCUUGACUACUGUCGGGAGGACACUGUGUAAAAGUAUUGUUUGGGGGAUUUAAAAAUAUAUGCAAAAGUCAAUAUUGGAUGAACAACACAUUACCAUGAAGUGCCCAACAAUGCAGGUUGAAAAUAAAGUUGGUCAUAAUCAAA